AUGUUUUGUGGCUCAAACACAUCAUUAGCUUCAGAAUUUGCUAAUCUCAUGAAGACAAGGUUUCAAAUGUCACUACUGGGGACUCUCAGAUACUUUUUAGGCCUGCAAAUUACUCAAACUUGCAAUAGAAUCUUCGUUUCUCAACAAAAGUAUGCCUCGGAGCUACUUAAAAAGUUCAAAAUGGAUGAUUGUAAGGCUGUCUCAGCACCACUAUGUCCUAAUACCAAACUCUCACUGGAGUGCACCACUGAAGAAGUUCCUUCAACACUUUACAGGUCAAUCAUUGGUAGUUCGCUAUAUUUUACUGCUUCAAGGCCUGAUAUAAUGUACUCAAUGGGUUUAGUGGCUAAAUUUCUAAGUAAUCUACAGGCUUCUCAUCUCCAAGCUGCUAAAAGAAUUCUCAGAUAUGUCAAGGGCACCAUUUCAUAUGGUCUAUACUAUAUUUUCUCACCCUCAAUAUUUAUUGCAGCCUUCUCAAAUGUUGAUUGGGGUGGAUCUUUACCUGACAUAAAAAGUACCUUUAGUUGCUGUUAUAUUCUUGGCUCUAAUGUGGUUUCUUAG